CCAUUGCGACUUACCGGACCAGGACCAGAAGCCACCCAUUAAUUCUGCCGUGUCGUCGCGACCUGGCUCGAGCUGCCCUCCAAUCUGUUGAGACACCCGGCCUUGCCUCUGACUGCACACUGCACGCGCGACAAGGCUCGAGGCACAAAGGCACAAAGCCUCUCCUCCUUUGUAUCGCGUUGAUCCAUCGCCAUGGCUGACUCCGGCGACAACUACCGACCACGUGAGAGGUCUCGAUCACCUCGACGACGCUCUAGGAGUCCAGGCCGACAGUCUCGUCGGCGUUCUUAUUCCCCUCGCAGCAGAUCAAAUAGCCGGGACGACUAUCGUCGGGGCCGCGACCGCUCCCCAAUGGCAGGAACUGGAGCAGCACCCGCCGGUGGUCCCGCUGGCGGUUACGGGGGACAGGCACCCCAACGAUCUUACGAGGAACGGGCCGCUGCCCGAGAACAGAUGAUGAGCAACAUUCGCGAGACGUCCCAGCAGGACCGCCGCGUCUACGUCGGCAACCUCUCGUACGAUGUUAAGUGGCAUCAUCUCAAGGAUUUCAUGAGACAGGCUGGAGAGGUGCUCUUUGCCGAUGUGCUAUUACUUCCAAAUGGAAUGUCGAAGGGAUGCGGUAUUGUGGAGUAUGCAACUAGGGAGCAAGCUCAACAGGCUGUUGCUCAACUCAGCAACCAGAACCUCAUGGGUCGACUUGUCUACGUCAGAGAGGACCGCGAGGCUGAACCUCGUUUCAUCGGCGCCACGGGAACCAAUGCUCGUGGCGGAUACGGAGGCGGCGGUAUGCACGGCGGAUUCAAUCCUGGAUAUGCUGGCGGCCCGCCAGGUGGCGGAGGCGGAGGCGGCGCUGGCCGCCAGAUCUACGUUGCUAACCUUCCCUACAAUGUCGGCUGGCAGGACCUGAAAGAUCUUUUCCGACAGGCCGCACGAAUUGGCGGAGUGCUGCGUGCCGAUGUGCACACUGGCCCUGAUGGUCGUCCUAAAGGCUCUGGAAUUGUUGUCUUUGAGAGCCCGGACGAUGCACGAAGCGCCAUCCAGCAAUUCAACGGCUAUGACUGGCAAGGCCGCCUGCUCGAAGUUCGCGAGGACCGGUUCGCUGGUGGCGGCGGCGGCAUGGGCUUCGGCGGCCGUGGAGGUUAUGGCGGCGGAAUGCGUGGUGGUUUCGGCGGUGGUGGUUUCGGCCGAGGCGGCUUCGGCGGUGGUCGUGGAGGCUUCGGCGGCUUCGGCGGACGUGGGGGCUUUGGCGGCGGCGUCGGACCUGGUGCAGGUGCCGGGGGUGGCGGUGGAGGCUUUGAUGCUUCCACCGCACCAGCAGUUUUGCCCAACCCCUUUACCGACAAUGCAACCGCAGGAACGGAAAGAAGCGAGAUCAUCUAUGUUCGAAACCUGCCCUGGUCAACCAGCAACGAUGACCUGGUUGAGCUCUUUACGACGAUUGGCAAGGUCGAACAGGCCGAGAUCCAGUACGAGCCCAGUGGCAGGUCUCGGGGUACCGGCGUCGUCCGCUUUGACUCGCCGGAAACCGCUGAGACGGCAAUCGCCAAGUUUCAGGGCUACCAGUAUGGUGGUCGACCACUGAACUUGAGUUUCGUCAAGUACCUGAACCAGCCCGGCGGCGACAGCAUGGAGACUGACGCUCAUGCUGGAUUGACGCAGGACCAGAUCAUGUAG